CGCCGUAGACGUCGUGCCAGAGGCGGUCCGUUGUCUUGGAGCCGGCAAGACGCCGUUAGGCCUCCCCCGCCGCGGUCACCAUGUCGGUGCUGGAUGCGCUUUGGGAGGACCGGGAUGUCCGCUUCGACGUGUCCUCACAACAAAUGAAAACAAGACCUGGAGAAGUCCUUAUUGAUUGUUUAGAUUCAAUUGAAGACACCAAAGGAAAUAAUGGGGAUAAAGGUAGACUCUUAGUAACAAAUUUAAGAAUUAUCUGGCGCUCUUUGGCAUUACUCAGAGUCAAUCUUUCUAUUGGUUACAACUGCAUAUUGAAUAUUACAACAAGGACUGCUAAUUCUAAAUUACGAGGCCAAACUGAAGCUCUUUAUAUACUAACAAAAUGUAACAGUACUCGUUUUGAGUUUAUAUUUACAAAUUUGGUUCCUGGAAGUCCUAGACUUUUUACUUCUGUGAUUGCAGUACACAGAGCAUAUGAAACUUCUAAAAUGUAUCGUGAUUUUAAAUUGAGAAGUGCGCUAAUUCAAAAUAAGCAACUAAGAUUACUACCACGAGAACAUGUAUAUGAUAAAAUCAAUGGAGUAUGGAAUUUAUCCAGUGAUCAGGGAAAUUUAGGAACUUUUUUUAUUACCAAUGUGAGAAUCGUGUGGCAUGCAAAUAUGAAUGACAGUUUUAAUGUCAGUAUACCAUAUCUGCAAAUUCGGUCAAUAAAGAUUAGAGAUUCAAAAUUUGGUUUAGCUCUUGUCAUAGAAAGCUCUCAGCAGAGCGGAGGAUAUGUUCUUGGCUUUAAAAUAGAUCCUGUGGAAAAACUACAAGAAUCAGUUAAGGAAAUUAAUUCACUUCACAAAGUCUAUUCUACCAGUCCUAUAUUUGGAGUGGAUUAUGAGAUGGAAGAAAAGCCACAGUCCCUUGAAGCUCUGACAGUUGAACAAAUUCAAGAUGAUGUAGAAAUAGACUCUGAUGAUCACACAGAUGCUUUUGUGGCUUAUUUUGCUGAUGGCAAUAAGCAACAAGAUCGUGAACCUGUGUUUUCAGAAGAACUGGGGCUUGCAAUAGAGAAACUGAGGGAUGGAUUCACCCUACAGGGACUUUGGGAAGUAAUGAGUUGAUCUUGAGUUGAGCUGGGUUUCUAUUUAAAGAUAUCUCAAGAUUAAAGAUACUAGUCGCCUGCUAUAAGGCAUGGCAUAGUUUUUACAUUUACAGAAAAAGCUUUUCAGAGAGUUUUUUUAAUGAUUAAGGAAAAACUCAUUUGUCGAAGAUUUUAUUGCCAGUCUUCUAAAAAUUAUAUUUGAAAUUGUAAUCAAAAUGUAUCUGGUUUGUUGUAAAUAUGUUUAUUUUGUAACUAAUACUUGUAAAUUAUUAGUCUGUGGAUAUUAAAAGACUGUAUCAUGUUGAGUUUAAUAAAGAAUUUAUGCAGCACCAUUAAAUGUUUUGAAAGUGUUAUCUAAAAGCAUAAGACUCUUCUUAUGGAGUAAUCAAAAUGCUGCUUUUUUAAUUAUAAAAAUCUGGUUUAAAUAUAUUUAUCACAUAGCUCCAAAGGUAAGCCAACUCUCAUAUAAAUUAGAAACCUUAAGCUUGUCAUUUUUAGGUAACCAUUUAUGUAAAAACUAAAAAUUUUAGCUAACUUUGGAGGAUAUCAACCCCUAUGUAAAGUUUUGGGCACUAUUUUGGAAAUAAUUUCAAUAUCGUUUUGGCAAGAAUACAUUUAUUUUGUAAGGAAAUAGUUUUAAAUAGUUUGUAAAUAAAUAGUUUAUUUGUUGACUU